CAGAACAACGAUCAGAGCCAGGAUCAGAACAACGAUCAGAGCCAGAACGAGCAGAACCAGGAGAACAUUCAAAGUGAGGACAACGAGGACAACGAGGACAACGAGGACAAUGAGGACAAUAGUCAAAAUGGCCAAAACGGUCAAGACGACCAGAAUGGUGGAAAUGACAAUGGCAACGGAGACGACUGGAAGACCAUGAAAUGCACCCCGAACCCGGGAGAUCCGGAGGGCCUGUGGCAAGAAACCAAUGCCGACGCCGCGUGGAACACGACAGUCCAGUCCUGGAAACAACAAUCCGACAAGAGUGGUGGAUUUCCCCAGUUCGUCAGCAACUUCCUCCAGGGACCUAACGGGAUGCGCUGCAGCGACAUUGGCAGCGACAACGGCUGCUCGCAUCCUGUGGACUGCGAGAGUGUUAAUAUCGCCGCUGGUGUUUCGAUUUUGACUGGAUUUGCUGGUAUUCACCAGCUCCAUGCCGAGGCGCAUCAAGCAAUCGAAUCCGUGCAGAACAAUGUUAACGGCAUGGUGGGCAAGUUCAAUGAAGUAUUUGCUCCCCAAAGGCCCGAUGAAUCGAUUGCGUUGAAGAAUGCGUGGGACAGCAUGAUGCUGGUUGUGAGCUUUGGCACGUCCGUCGUGUUUAACACCUUGCUUCAGGAUGUUGCUGCCGCCGCCAAGGCACUCCAGGACUCUAAGGGGAAGAACAGGGGCACUCAGACCGACCAGCAAAGCCAGGGCAAUGGCAAGCAACCUGCAAACAACCAGCAGGGCCAGGAAAGUAGCAGCGGCCAGAUUGACGGGCCGGGACAGGGGAGUAGCAGCGGCACCCAGAACAACCAGCAGGGCCAGGGAAAUAACCAGGGCACCCAGACCGACGAGCAAAGCCAAGGGAAUAGCAAGGGCACCCAGACCGACGUGAGCGGCGAGAAGCCUAGCACCAAAAGUUUGAGCAUCAUAGCGGACAUGACCGCCGCUGUGCAGGCUACAAUGGGGGCGUUAUAUAAAACCAAUAUGCAAGGCCCGGGUGAUAAACUCCAGGCCCUGAGCUCAGUGUCUGCGUUCGUGUCCACGACGAUGGAUGGCUGGAAGAAUAUUGAGUCCAAGUACUUGGAGUUGAUCUUUUCCGGUGACGAUGAACAAGUGAAUGCUCUUUACCGCAUGAUCCAUGGAGGCGCCAUGAACGCUGCCGUGAACGGACUGCACAUGGACAAAAUCAAGAAAGACGUCGAGAAGAUCCUUUACAGCCAGAUGAUCCCCUUUGCGUGGAGUGUGUCGCCCACCGCGGCGCGUCCCUUCAUCUGGUUAGUUUUCUUUUUUUCCCCUUUGGUCUUGCUCCAGCGAGCAACAUUUGGUCGGAUACCCUUUUAAAAAUGACUAUGGCUAAUACCCACUGCAGGAGAAGUCAGUCCGAUUGUGACGAAAACACCAAGGACAUUCAAUUCGACACGGACAAACAAAGCUAC